CGACACACGCUUGGAUGCUACUAGACAGGGAGCGCGCGCGCCGCCAACCAUUGCGAGUGCGUCCUUGCGUGGGGACUCGUCGAGGAGCUGAGACGGCAGAGAGAGGCUCUCACGGCUUGGAUGGACAGACCGCAGCUGGGGAGGAAAACGAUGCCCGAUCGCCGGUAGCCGGUGCUUCCUACCAGGACACGUUUACACAUCUCAACCCGUUCACUUGAGCCACUACCCGGAAGAUCUACGCUGCCGUCGAGUGGACUCACGAUGGCUCAGAACGGAAUCCUGGUUCUUCUCUGCAUGCUGCUGGGCUCCGGGGAGUUCCAGGAACCGGAGCCGCGAAGGCUGCCACCCCCGCCGGCUAAGUUGGACUUCGGCUACUUGCCCGUCGGAGUGUACGAGACGGUGGCCCACUACGAACCUGGACCCAUCGGCAUUCUCUUCCACAUGGUGCACACUUUCCUGUGCGUGGUGCAGCCCAACGACUUCCCGCAAGAUCUUCUGAUCAGACUGGCCAAGGACAAGUUUGGAGCCCUUCAGACCGAAUAUCAGAAGCCAGAGAACAUUGUACUGAGCCUGCAGGCGGUCUACUACGAGAUGGGCUUCCUGGUGUGCGCGGCAGUGGGUGUCCUGUUCACGAUCCUGUUGCCCGUGGUGGGCCUCUUCUUCUGUCUGUGCCGCUGCUGUGACAACUGCGGUGGAGAGAUGCACCAGCGGCAGAGGAAGAACGCAGACUGUCGACGAGGCCUGCUGGGAACGCUGCUCUUCUCCACCUCGCUAGUCGUCACGAUCGGCGUAUUGUGUGCUUACGCCGCCAACCAGAACCUCAGCACUCAGGUCAAGAACAUCCGACGUCUGGUCAACAGCAACAUGAGGGAUCUGCACACCUUUGCCAACGACACGCCAAUGCAAAUCGAUUACCUCACCUCCCAGUAUGCCACCGCCAAGAACCAAGUCCUCUACGAUCUGGAAAACAUAGGUCCACUAUUAGGUGGAAGGAUACGCGACGCGUUGGAUAAGGAGGUGCACCCGGCUUUGGACGCCGUGCUGAAAAUGACAGGAGCCAUGCGUGAAACCAAGGAGGCCCUGGAGAACGUGAGUGUAUCCCUGCAAGUGCUGCAGGAGGCCACAGGCAAGCUGGACUUGAACCUCAGCCUGGUCCGGGCCAACAUCAAGCGCUCCCUCAACGACCCCGGGUGCCACGACGAGGAGUCAGACGCCACCUCAGCCCAGCUGUGCCGGGGGAUCCGUCAGUCACUGGAGCAGCUGCAUAUUAGCGCUAACUUCACCCGGCUUCCCAAUGUGAACGCUCCGUUGAAGAAGAUGAAUGACAUCUUGAAAACAGACCUCAGCAACGUUGUUAACAAGGGUUAUGCGUCCUUGAACGACACACCUUAUAUGGUGAUGGUACAGACCCGAGUAGUUGUUGACAGGGUGAAGAGCUUGGUGGACGACAUCGGCGGGAACAUUGGCAACCUGUCCAAAUCGUUGCCCGUACACAAUUCCUUGUCCAACUUCACCCUCUUCAUCAGCCACGUCCAUGCCAAGAUCGAGGACCAGUACCCUGAAAUUGACAAGGUGGACUUCUACAGGUGGACAGGCUGCGUAGCUUUGUGCUGCAUGCUAGUGCUGGUGCUGUCCUUCAACUACCUGGGCCUGCUGUGCGGCACGCUGGGAUAUGACAAGCACGCCUCACCCACCACCCGAGGCUGCAUCUCCAACACAGGAGGCACCAUGCUCAUGGCUGGCGUGGGUUUCAGCUUCAUCUUCUCUUGGGUUCUGAUGGGCCUGCUGACCGCCAUCUUCCUGGUGGGCGGCAACAUGGAGAAGCUCAUCUGUGAGCCCUUUCAAACCAAGGAACUCUUUAAGGUGGUGGAUGCGCCGUACCUGGUCAAUUCGGAGUGGAGGAACUUCAUCCCGGGGUACUUGUACAACGACUCGGAGCUGGAGCUCACAGCAGAGAGUUUAUACAGCACUUGCAAAGAAAACAAAGGGAUCUAUUCGGCCCUGCGCUUGGACAAAGUUUUUAACGUCUCGUCUUUCCUCAACGCCACGCUGUUCACAAAGGACCUGGUGACCCUGCUGAACAGCAUGAAAAUCGACCUGAGAGGGGUCAUCUUGCUGGAAGCGGAAGGCGAGCAGAACCUUCUGGAUUUCUCAGAGGCGGGCCUGUCGGAAACAAACUAUGCGGAUUACCUGGAAGAGGUCAACAAAGGCGUCACAGUGGUGGACCUGCUUUCGUUUGCCAAAGAGCUGGAAGCCCAGACAGACCUGAUGCCUCGUGGUCCCUUGCAAACGUCAUUGAAAGGUCUCGUGGGCACCGUGCGACAAAUCCACAGCCAGCAGGUGGUCCCCAUGCAGCAAGCCAUGAAAUAUGUUAGAGCCAGGAGCGCCCUGAACCAGAGCAUGAGGUUCCUGGAGAGAACUUCCUCUGACCUGCCAAACAAGGUCUUAGCCAUACUGGACGCCAUCAAUGCAGCCCAGUAUCUCAUCUCCCAGAAUGCGACACAUCUUAUUGACCGGGAAAAUGCUAAAUAUACAUCAACCAUUGUGGGUUACUUCCAUCAGUACACAGAGUGGGUCAAGACAUCUUUGGCCUUGGAGGUGGCGCCGUGCAAGCCUUUCAGCAACGUGCUGGACACGAUGGAAAUCUUUACCUGCAGCUUCCUGGUGGACUCGAUGAACGUGUUCUGGAUGGGUCUGGGCUGCAGCACGCUCUUCCUCAUCCCAAGCAUUGUACUCGCCGUCAAGCUGGCCAAGUUUUACCGCAGGAUGGACACGGAGGACGUUUACGAUGAUAUGGAAAGUGGUAAUAAUGGUUAUCAUAGCGAGCCCGCGCAAGGCAUCCUAAACCCCCCCGUGACCAGCAUCCCAACAUACGAUACCAUGAACAGGUUCCCGCGGGCCUCGGCUCCUCCGAGGCACAUCGACUGGUGACCGAGAGCACACAUUUUCUUGUGGCUCCCGACAGCUGCCACGAACUUCACUGGAACUAAAAAAAAAAUGUUUUCAAUGAAGACGUGUACGGCAAACCGAGGCCCGCUCAACUCAAAAACAGGAUUUUUCUCUCACCACAAAGAACUUUUUUUCAUCAUGAUCAUCCUUCCUGGGGCUGCCACCGAGCUGUUUACAUUUCUUUGGAGGCAAAAAUCCGAAGUGGACUUCAAUCUCUUCUUGAUGACAACAACAGCGGCUAAGUAGCCACGGGAGGGUAACGACACGCUGCUCAAGGACCUGCCAAUGUCUUUGCUUUGUUAUUCUCGAGGACAACAGAAAAUGACUCCAAUUGUUAUGUUGGCAGUAUGUCGGCAUCAACAAGGUGAAAAAAACAAAUGGACAAACCAGAGCUAGCAUGACUUUUAAAUGUUUACAGUAAUACACAAAGUAAUAUCAUCCUUGUGGAUAUUUUGGGCUUGUUGCGAAAAAGACUUUUGCCUUUCACGUUGGCAUUUACUGCUCACCCUGCGAUGUGCUUAUGCCGCUUUCAGAGUUUGUAAACUGAAUAUUUUUAGGGGAGCCUUUUUUUUUAAAUGGUAAAGCUGUCUGCUUCACUUUUUCUCCACUUCUGCAAAUUUUACGAGACUCUCUGUGAUGAAAUUUGACUUUAGGCUCCGUCCAAUGUCCUUGAUGAUGGUUUUCUGUUUUGUUUUGUUUUUUGUGCACAGAACACAGGGAGCUGUACAUUCAGAUUGCGUUCAAAUUUUGCACAUUCAUAACAGUACUUGAGAUCUCCACGUGGACCAAAAACUGUAUCUUUUUCUUCAUCUUAAAUCAUUCAAAAACGGAUUCAACCGGGGUUAUUUUCCAGGUUCUUUCUCUUUCGUUUUCAAAAAAAAAAAAACAGUUGAACCAAAGAGUGACUUUUCGUUCAUCAAAUCAAACAUUUGACAUGACUGAUUAGAUGUCUAUUGAAAACUAUAUGGACAUGGAAUGAAAAACCCUUAUUUUCUUUUUAGGUUAUUAAAUCACAAUCCAACCCCUUCAAUAAACCUCAAGACCUUUUUUCAUGAUGUCUCAAAUGGAAAACAAUCACAGAUAAACAAUCACUACCCGAUCAAAUCAAUCGCAACCCGAAAUAUAUCCCCGAUAGCUAUUUCCAUCACUGUACUUCAAAUUUCCGUGCUUUAUUAACAUUUAUGUCUCUUUGGUGAAUUAACAUUUCAGUGACAAAGUAGAGAAAUAUUGUUCUCAAGCAAAACAAUUUUUUUCACAGUAGAUCUCAGGAUUUUCCCACAAUUUUUAUUAAUUUGACCCGACAUUUUUUUUUCCUCAUCAAAACAACGUGGAUACAUUCAUCGAUAACUGAGCUAGAGCAAGCGAAUGUAUUCCAGUUUGUUUUUCUUCAUUUUGUGCAUUGUGCGCUAAUGCUAACAUGUCCUGCUAACAUAUCGCUUAUGAGUUUACAGACUAGUUGCUGUUGAUGUGAAAACAAAAACACACCAGACAAUCGGUUCCUCCAACGAUAAGGGAUUUUGGGGAAGAUAAAUGAAACAAGCAAAAUAACACCUUCUGAUUGACACAGCAAGCUCGUGCCUAAAUAGCGUUAGAAACUGCCAAAUCUCGUUCCAACAAACUACUGUAAGCUAGGCCACCUUUACAUCUAUUUGAAUCAAAAGGUCAUAUUGAGUUGAACCAAUGAUAAACUGUCGAUUCUUACUGUUGUAAGAACGUUUUUACUCAAUUGUUUGCUUCCAUUUAUCCUACAGUAGUACCUCGACAGUACAAGUGCCCCAAUUGACAAGUUUUUCAAGGUACUAGCCAUUGCGUGUUUUUUGUUUUUGAGACAAAAAUGUAAAUAUUUAAUAAGGGUGAAUGUUGCUUUGACAUACAAGUAAAGUGAUUUAGAAUCAAGGUACCACACUAUUUGAUUAAAAAGUUGAAAUAUAUUUUAAAAAUAGCACUUAGCAUUGUGGUACUACACUGAUAAAUGUGACGGACCAAAACAACACUGUUAUAAUUGAAAAAUCAUAGCGUUUGGCUACCCAUGCUAAUCAUGUUUAGCUGCUAGCUUGUAAGAUAACCGCGCUUUUUUUUCUCCAUCCAGUUGAAGUAAAGGAAAUGGAGUUCCACACACGAAUUAUGUUUAUAGCAGAAGAUUGCACAUACAUACAUUCACAGGUUUCACACAUACUGGUGUAACCUUUAUUGAGAUAAUAAUUAAAAAGGCCUUUGCGCAGAUGUUGGCUAACUUUUCUGGCUUAGUUCUUAUUUCUUGCAGUAGAAUCAGGAUCAGUUUUUUGUUGUUGUUCUUCUUUUGGAUGUGGGCAGGCAACGCUUGAUUUUUCUUAAGUGCUUCAAUGUGUAAAUUGUGAAUAAAGUUUUCCUUUCAGCUUGUAA